AUGAAGCAUCUCAAGUACCUCGACUUGAGCGGGAAUAAUUUCAUGGGCAGCUCGAUCCCAACAUUCUUGGGAUCAUUAAAGCAGCUGCAAUAUCUCAAUCUGUCCAAUGCAGGCUUUGGAGGCGCUGUCCCUCACCAGCUCGGCAACCUCUCAAGCCUGCGUGCACUUGAUCUUGGAUGGCUGCAUUCUCCGAGAGUCGACAAUCUCAUGUGGGCCAGUAAUCUUUCAUUGUUGGAGUACCUUGAUAUGAGUUAUGUCAACCUUAGUACAACAAAAGAUCACCUUGCUACGGUACUCGGUACGCUUUCUUCUUUACAAGUGUUAAUCUUGUCAGACAGUGGACUUGAUAACACAUACCUACCUAAUACUAACUGCAUAAAUUCCACAUUGUCUACUAAUAUCCAACACUUAGAUUUGAGUUACAAUUUCUUCCAAGGAGAUAUUCCAUGUGGUUUCCUUAACAACACUUCUUUGCGUUUUCUUGAUCUUUCCCACAACCAAUACACCUCAUUGGACACUCAUUUUCUUCUACCGAGAAACCUUGAGCAUCUCAAUCUUGCUUAUAACUCACUUAAUUACAGCACAGAAUGGAUCUCUGGUUCGUUGUGCGAUAAAUGCCACUUGAAAUCACUGAGCCUAGAGAGUAAUCAUUUUCAUGGAGAUAUCUUGGUGUUAUUUAGAAACAUAUCGACAUGCUGCUGGAGCCGUGACUUGGAGAAUCUAGAGUUGCUGAGUAAUGAGUUUCAUGGGCAGUUGCCUAAGGAAAUCGGUGAAAUGAAGCAGUUAAAGAAGUUUGAAUUGGUCGAUAACAAGUUGUCUGGUCCGAUCCCUAUUGUUUUGGGACAACUUUCAAACCUGGAGUCUAUCGGCAUAUCUGGUAACGCCUUUGAGGGUACGCUCACCGAGGCCCACUUGGAGAAGCUAUUCAAAUUAACAAGUUUUUUGGCUGGUUCUAACAUGUUAAAAUUUAGAAUGAGAGAUGAUUGGACUCCUCCUUUCCAACUAGAGACCCUUCAUAUGUCAUCUCUCGAUGUCGGUGGAAAAUUUCCACAGUGGCUUCGAACGCAAAAAGCACUCCGUUAUUUGUAUCUAUCUAACUGUAGCAUUAGAGGAACACUGCCAAGAUGGCUCCAUUCCAUCACAAAUCUGACUAAUUUCGACCUAUCCAACAACCAUAUCGAUGGAUCAUUUCCAAAGCUUCCUUUCGGAAUCCAAUAUUUGGCGCUAUCAAAUAACACAAUAAGUGGUCCGAUACCCGAUUCCUUAUGCCAAAUGAGAGAUUUGCUAUAUCUGCGUCUCUCCAAGAAUCUUUUGUCAGGUCACCUUGUAGAAUGUUGGGGCAACUUUCCUUCAUUAGUGGUCGUAGUUUUAUCGUCUAAUCAGCUUUCGGGGCCCAUUCCAAACUCCAUCGGUGGAGCUUACUCGUUGGAAUGGUUACAUUUGAAUAACAACAAUUUUACAGGGCAGCUCCCCCGAAGUUUGAAAAAUUGCACCCGAUUAAUGGGUUUGGAUAUUAGAGACAAUAAGUUAUCAGGGAAAGUUCCGCAUUGGAUUGGAAACAAUAUGCUUAAUAUGACUAUUCUUAGGCUAAGGAACAACAAAUUCUACGGAGACAUUCCAUCCUUUUUUUGUCAGAUGUCUAAACUUCAAGUGAUGAACCUCGCAAACAAUCGGCUGCCCGGGAACAUCGCACGUUGCUUUGGCAGUCUCUCGGGAAUGGUCCACGAUAAAACGAUCGAUCUUGGUACGAGGUACGAUUUAUACGAUACAUUAAGUGAAGUCCUGAAGGGAGCGUCACUGGAGUAUAGCGCAAAUGCACGAUUAUUGGUCAAUUUUGAUCUUUCAAGUAAUCAAUUAAUCGGAGAAAUCCCUUCCGAGCUGACAAACCUCACUGGCUUAAAGGGCCUCAAUUUGUCUCAUAAUCAUUUGGGAGGGAAAAUACCGUUAGAGAUUGGAGAUAUGGUGUCGCUUGAAUCGCUUGAUCUUUCUAGCAACUAUUUGUUCGGAACGAUUCCAGAGAGUUUAUCGAAGUUGACCUUUUUGAGUCAUCUGAACUUGUCCAACAACAAUUUGUCUGGGCAUAUCCCGACGGGACCUCAACUCCAAACACUCGACGGAAGUUCGGAUUAUGAGGGAAAUGCUGGACUAUGUGGGGUCCCACUGGUCAAGCAAUGCGAAGAUAACGGAACGCCGGCCAGAGAUGAAAAUGAUGGGGAACAUGAUGGUGGAGAUGCAGCCGAUAAGAUAUACCCAUAUGCAUUUAUAGCUAGCGGUUUUGCCGUUGGAUUUUGGGGUUAUUUUGGAGUUUUGGUCUUCAAAAGGAGUUGGCGGCUGGCUCUGUUUGGGUGGAUGGAUGUUGUGUUGGGAAAAAUGAUGGGAGGUGAUGAAGUGAUUCGUGAAAAUGUAAAUGUAGCUAAUAGUCCCGAUACUGUCACGUCAUACGCAGAAUCGAGCUCUUCUACUCCAGUUGGUAAUUUGGAAGAGGAUCAUGUAACCGUUAAGGAUGUUGACGAGGUUCUUGAUUAUGCUGUUUCUCCCGAAAGCCAGUUGGUUAAUCAAGAUGCUCGGCGGGGACUCAAGCCGAAAACAAUCGAUCAGGAGUCUGAAGAAUACUUUUCGAUGCUUAUGAUGAUCUCGGACCAGCAAGCCGGAGGCCUGCUCAUACCUCCACCCCCAACACCAACUGGCGAUCACAACAAACACGACCAGUCAAAGACCGCCACCGCUAGAGGAUCCCACCUUACCCAACACCAGAGACAUGUUGCAAAAGCAACGAUCGGUGCCAGCACCUUGACAUCGUCGUCGGAUCGUCGGAAGCCGCUUCAAAACCCCGAUAUAGCCACCCAAACACGAGGGAGAAGCGCUAUGCCUGUGGAGUGA